GUUUGCACAUCACUAAACAGAAUAACAAACAAAACAAACUGAAGCGUCAUUUACUUUUUAAAAAAUGAGCAAACCGUUUAUUUCUUAAAUGAAUUUUGGAAUUUGUAUUUGUUUUGGAUAUUAUGAAAAUAAUAUCUUACUUAUAUAAAUUAUGGAAUGCAAUGAAUCUAAUAAUAAAAGUUCAGAGGAUAUUGAUGAAUCUAACGCGGCAUUAAAUCCUGUGAUUCUGAAUUAUUAUAAAAAGUUUGGCAAGAAACGUGAUCUAGAACAGUAUUUCUCGUUAUCUACUGCUCAGACAGAAAUUAGAGACCCGACAAGUUUAUUUUGGAGAAAAAUGAAGUCUCAGGAUUCAUCAGAUUCUGGUGAAAAGAGAGGGACUGGCGAGAGCGAGUCUUCCACGGAACUAUGUAGGAUAUCCAUCAAAUGUUCCGUACCAGAGGCAUGUGGUUCACAGGAUAAAACUCCAAAAACCAAAAGUGAUUCUGAAUCUCCACCCAUUAUCAUGGAAGAUGUGGCAUCAAAACACUCAGAUAAUGAUUCUGUAAAAUCUGAUGAUUAUCAUUCACAAAAAUCAAUGGAUGCGAUAAUGGAUACUUCAUUGAAUAAACCAUUGUCACCAUCAAGUAGCAUUACAUCACAACGCAAGCUAGAAUGGGAUUCUUUAGCUGAUGUUGGAUAUGCAAAUGAAAGUGAUAGAAAGACUUCAGCUUCCAGCUUAAGCACUUUAGAAAGGCUUGCAUUGAAACAACAAUAUUCUAAUAAUGAUAAAAAACAAGAUUCAGAAUUAGAGCCGCCUACUGCUCAUUCAACUCCAUUAGAACAAGGUGAAGGCAAAAUCAAGGGCAAAAGAGGUAUAGCAAAAAAAACUACUACAAUUUACAAAAAGGACAUAGAUUAUGUAGAAGUUAAUGUACCUCAUAAGACUGACACAAGUCCAUCUCGAGCAAUAAAUGUAAAUUUAACAAAACACAUAUCUUUUAAUGUUGAAAAAGAUGGUGGUGUGACUCUAGAAAAUAUAAAAAAAGAUAUUAAUAUCACACCUGAAAAGGUAUCAGUUGAGACUGAAGUAACUCCUCAAGUUAAAAUAGACAAAGAAAUUCAGACAUCUUUAAAUAAGAAUGGAGAAACAAACUCUCAAGAGGCAUUAAAUAAAAAGAUAUUCAAUGUUCAUAGGAUUCCAUUAGUGAUUAAUUUAAAUACUUUGAAAAAAAGAAAUAAAAGAAAGAAAUUAAGAACUGUUAGGAGAAAAAGAAUAACAAAGAAUAAAACACAUCUGGAUAAGGGAAGCAUACCAGUACAGGAGAGGAAUGCUGAACAAGUAUCUGAAGCUGAAAGUUUUGAAUACAUGCCUGGCCAUAUUUAUAAUCAGAAACAACUAAAACAAAAUGAAUCUAAACUGACAAGUAUGUCAGGUAAUAAGUCUAGCUUAGAGUCAAGUGGGGUUUUAACCACAGAUUCGAGCAAAGCAUCAAUGCAUUCAUUUGGCAAAGAUUUGAAAAAAAGUAUUGAUGUACUUAAAAUGGCAUUGCAACAUCGUCAAGAUGACCCUAAUCUGAAAAAGAGAUUAAUUAAAGAAAUUGUUCAGAGGUUACUCACCUCCAAAUAUCGGGAUGAUGACAGUACAACUGAGUUUCUGUCUGGAUUAAGUAUUUCUAGUAAAAAAAUUGAAAGAGAGGAAAGUAACACAACAAGUACUUCAGAUGGAAAUACUACGGGUGAUAAAACCAAGUUGUUAAAACCAAAAAAGUCCAUAUUACGUUUAGAUAAAUUCAAUCCUAGUGGCUUGGCCUCAACAUCUCAAAGUGCUCCAAAUUUAUCAGCAGUAUCUACUUGCGAAAAACCUGUUAUUUCUAAAUUUGUUUCUAAAGUAUUAACUUCCUCUUACACAGAGUCAGAUGCUUCUAGCAAAGAAAAAACUUCAUCUGAUACUGCAUUUGCUAAAACUUCUUCAGAAGAAUUAUAUAAAAAAUAUUUAGAUGCCCUUAAAAGAGAAGAGUCAUACAGACGACAUUUGAGAGAUAAAGAAUAUUUUUUAAAACAGAAAUUAGUUAGUUCUGAUAAUGCAUUUAAAAUACCAUAUCAACCUGAUCUAAAAUCUAACAAUAAAUUGAAAGAGUUGAUGAAGGAUUUAACUAGAAAUAAUUAUGACGAUGGCUCAGGUGAUGCAAAUAAUUUAGAAGGUGGAUCUAACACUAAUGUAACAGGUUUUGAAAGACAUAAUAUAAGGCAACAGAGAAGUCAUUCUGUAUUUACACUUUCAUCGGGUACUUCUGAUGCUCAAAAUAAGAAAACAAACUUAAAAAAGAGAUUACAGAGUGAAAUCAAUGAAAAUAAAAUAACCCAGGAUAAAAAUGAUGAAAAGCAUUAUUGUCGACGUCAUAAACCCAUAAGUGUUGGUGUGACUGAUAGUUCAGUACAGGUUGAUAUUAAAUUAGGAGAUCACGAAAGUUCAGGUAAAAAUUAUAAGAAAGAAAUUGUACAAAAAGAAAACGAAAAUAGUAGUAGAGUAUUUUCUACAAAUGUAGCUCAAUUAGUACCUGAAAAUGAAACGGGGGAUAUAAAAUAUGUAUGUUUAUGUACAAACAAAGGUGUCACUUCAUGCAAUGAACCUGAUGGUUUAUUGAUAUAUAAGUGUUCACGAUUAACUCAUACUGGUACUCAGUUGGAGGAACCUUCCAUUUCUAAUGUAAGAUGUCAAUGUAAGAAAAAUUCUUCUGAAAAUAAUAAUAUAUUCAUCAGUCAACCAUCAACAUCAAGAAGUGGUAGUACAAAUGAUAAUAAGGAACAAAAAUUAUUUAAAAGUAGCAGUUUUGAAAAUGUUCCAGAAUUAAGAAGAACAUCGCAGUCGUCACAAACAAAUAUUGCAUUGAACAUGUUACGAUUAGGAAUUGCUGAUAAAAAUUCAACAGCAUCUUGUACAGCAAGUGAUAAUAGAAUGAAGUCAUUGAAUAAAGAUUCAGGUGCAACAGUAAACAAUAAUAAUGUAAUUGUUUAUGAAUCUACAAGAUUAGUACAAACAGAAAUAAGUAUAAAUCCAAAAAUUUCUGAUCCAAGUCUAACUGACAUAUUUAUAAUUAAUGAUGUAGAUUGUGUUGAAAUAAUUAAAGAAAAUCUUAAAAAAGCUGCGAAACGCAAUUCUGAAGUUGUGAUUAAUCAGGUUAAACAUGGAGAGGUUGAAACUGAUACAAAUAGUGAUAAAUCUGUGAAAAUUGUAUCAUUACUACGGAAGAGCCCUUCUGAGUCUAAUACUAAUUUUGAAAAAGUUAACAAGCUCAAUGAUAAUGCAGCUGUAGAUACUCCUGGAGAAAAGUUUACAAUACCUAUACAAGGCACAAAUAUGACAUUAAAGGUCACUAUUGAUUCCAACGUCAAUAAAUCAACUGUAGAAAAAUACAUUAAUGAAAGACCAGAGCAAGGAACAGAUGUCAUUCAAGUGGAUGUUGUUGAAAAAGCUACUUGUUUAAUGGAAGAAUGUACUAAAGGUGUUCAGUCUCAAACUACAAAUAUUUUUAUGAACAUGAAUAAUGAAAUAGAAGAACCUUUUCAAAAAUCUCAGAGUAUUAUUGAUUAUAAUAGCAACAGAGUAAAUAAACAAGAAAUAUUAAAUACUUUAAAAAAAUCUUGUGUUAUUAGCAGUUGUAAUGCUGAGGGACUUAAGUACAAUACAUACCCAAAAAAUAUCCCAGUCAAUAAACAUAAGCCCUUUUUACGUUCUAAUACAGAUACUGGUAGAUUUGAUACAGCGUGUGGUGUACAAACUGAUGACGUAGUUAAAGUAGAUGCUGUCACACAAGGUUAUUCGAAAUCAGAUACAGAAAAGACGAGGGAGUCUGAUACUGACCAGAGUCAAUCUGGAAAACUUAAAUCCAACUCUGAGCAGUCAUCAAAGCAGUCAAACUGUAGAACACCUUCAGAAGAACCUCAAGAUAAUGAAUUUGUGCCUGGUUUACGUUUAGGAAGUCGUAAAUCCAGUAGUGAAGCCAGUAAAGAUCCUAUAUUAGACAUGAUUCAAGACAUAACAAGACGUUAUUCAAAGAAAGAUAUUGAUAAAGGAAAACGAAAAAAGUGUUUCAAGGAGAUAAUUACUGUUCUUAAUUAUUUAUUAGAUACAGAUGAUAGCACUAAUGAUUAUGAACAAAUAAAAAUGUCUGAUACUUUGACUCCACCAGAUAAUUCUGGUGGAUUGCCAUGCUCGAGUCCUGAUGAAUAUGGGCAUAGGAAUAAAAAUAAGCGAGACAAAGUCAUAACGGAAAUAGAUGAUAAUAAAUAUACAAAGAUGUUAAUUGAUAAAGGUGUUCAAUUCUCUGCUAGAAAAACAAAAGGAGUCGUUACUCCAGAAUCCUCUGAAUUACCUUUUUCUACUGAUUUGCCGUCAACGUCAUCUGAUGCUGCAACUUGUAAAGUUCUUAACAAAAUUCAGAAAGAAUGUGAUAAAUAUCAUCAAAAGCGAUGCAAAGCUAAAAAGUGUGAAGUUUCCAGUAGUACUUCUGUAAAUUGUGAAAAAUGUAAACGUGUCCAUCAUUGCUCAUGUCGAGGACAUAAAUGUAGAACUCACAAAACUAGAAUGGGCAUGGAAAAGAUUAAAAAGAAAUGUGUUGCUUACAAUUUAAUAAUUCAAACGUCUGAUAGUAUGGUCAGUGAAGAUGUAGCGGAUAAGUGUCAUAAGUCAUUGCAAAAUAUCAUUGUUAAGGUACCACCGAAACAUAAACAAACAGAAAAUGUCCCUUUUAAAGAGUUGUCUACUAAGAUUGGGAAAGAUUUGCCCCAUUAUAAUCCAUCCUGUAGUCCCAAGGUACGCUCUAGAAGUUUGCCAAAUGAGUGUGAAGUUUCUAGUACAGAUGAAAUAGGUCAGAUGGGUCAAAGAUAUACAGUGAGAGAUUAUCUAGAGAAAAACCGGCCGGAUUUUGUAGAAAAUUGUUCAAGUCGCCAGAAUUGCUUAAAGUUCAUUAGCGAAGCAAGAGCAAAUGAACGCGCUGCCCAACGGCAGUUGCUGUCACUGCAACUGGACAAACAACCAGCUUUGACCGCCGUUAGUGAGUCGGAGCUGCGUCAACUGGCGAAAGAGCUCGGCGUCGAGCUUCGUAAAAAGAAACUUGCACCAAAAUUUAUAAGUGAGAAAGAAAUGAAAAAGCACUCAGAGAAAAUAUACAAAUCGUUGCCUGAAGUGGUCCAGAAAAAAGAAGACAGAAAGAAAGAGAAUAUAAAGAAGACAAACUUGUUAAUGGCCAGUAUUUUUAAAAAGAAUCUUCAAAAGAAAACUUUACGCGGCGCUGUGAACCUAUCAAACUAUAGUACUGUUAUAAAGAUAUGACACCAAAGUAAAACGUUAAUUAUUUUAAUGUAAACUAUACAAAUGUGUUGACCAUUACAAUUUGAUUGUUUGUAUUGUAUAUGUAAUGUUAAAUUCAAUGUAUUUUAUAACAAACAAUGUUGACUUUGUAUUAUUAUUGACUAUUUUAAAUAAAUUUAUACUGACUUUACGAUUCUA